AUGGCAGUUAUGACGGCUUCUAUUUUUCUAUCAUCCGUCCAACGUGCUAGACUACCGAGACGCGUCUCGGCCAACCAUGCCCCCAAGGACCGCAUGGGAUGGAGGAUUGCUGAGCCAGGUCUGGGAAGCAAACCUUGUCUGUCUUGGCAGGGACACGGCCCACAAAAUCCUUCGUCCUGUCUCUCAAGAAUAUAUCGUGCAGAUUCUCUUUGUGUCUCAGCUGGAGGUACAGGAAAAACGUGUUUGGCGGUUACAGAGAAGGUGGGAUACGGAACGCGUUGUGUGACAGUGCCGGUUUGA